AUAGAGACGAUUGUUUCCAGUGUCCAGAAGAUCACUAUCCAAAUCAAAGUCAUGAUUUGUGCAUUUUGAAACAAAUAAUUUUCUUGUCUUAUGAUGAACCCUUGGGGAUCAGCCUGGCUACUAUUUCUCUUUUAUUUUCUUUCAUCACAGUUUUGGUGCUCAUAAUUUUUGUUAAGCACCAGGGCACACCCAUAGUCAAAGCCAACAACCGGAAUCUCACCUACCUUCUCCUCAUUUCCCUGUUCCUCUCGUUCCUUUGUGUGUUAUUGUUCAUUGGUCCACCUGAGGCUGUCAUCUGUCUCCUUCGUCAAACCACCUUUGGUUUCAUCUUUUCUGUAGCUGUUGCUUCAGUUCUGGCCAAAACCACUGUAGUGGUUUUAGCUUUCAUGGCCACCAAGCCAGCAUCCAGGAUGAAAAAAUGUGUAGGGACACGGUUGGCCAACUCCAUUGUUCUUUCUUGUGCCCUUAUCCAAGCCACUAUUUGCAGUGUGUGGGUGGCAACCUUUCCACCAUUUCCAGACUUGGACAUGCUCUCAGAGGAGGAGAAAAUUGUACUGGGAUGUAAUGAAGGUUCACCAAUCAUGUUUUACAGUGUUCUUGGCUUUAUGGGUUUUCUGGGCACUGUCAGUUUCACUGUGGCUUUCCUUGCUAGGAAGUUACCAGAAACCUUUAACGAAGCCAAGUUCAUCACCUUCAGCAUGUUGCUCUUCUGCAGUGUUUGGUUGUUAUUCAUUCCAACUUAUCUAAGCACCAGAGGAAAAUACGUGGUGGCUGUGGAGAUUUUCUCUAUAUUAGUGUCCAGCGGUGGAUUACUGAGCUGCAUCUUUUUCCCCAAAUGCUACAUCAUUUUACUAAGACCAGAGUUGAACCAUAAAAAGCAAUUAAUAAGAAAGAAGAAUCUGAAAGUCUUUGGACCCGUGUAA